AGGCGCGGCGCUGAGCGGCGGCGGCGGCGGAGCGGGCAGCGAGCGCGGGGCCGCGCCGGGGGCCGGGGCCGGGGCCGGGGCCGGGGCUCGGGGCGGGGGCCGGGGCCGGGGCCGGGGGCGGGCGGCGGGGCCCGCCGGUCGGCCGGCGCCAUGGGCACGGUGCUGUCGCUGUCGCCGAGCUACCGGAAGGCCCCGCUGUUCGAGGAGGGGGCGGCCACGGUGGGGCACUACACGGCGGUGCAGAACAGCAAGAACGCGAAGGAGAAGGGCCUGAAGCGGCACUCGCUGAUCUCGGUGCUGCCCUGGAAGCGCAUCGCCGCCGUCUCCGCCAAGAAGAAGAGCUCCAAGAAGGUGCAGCCCAACGGCGGCUACCAGAGCAACGUGACCCACCUCAACAACGAGAACCUGAAGAAGUCGCUCUCCUGCGCCAACCUCGCCACCUUCGCCCCCCCGCCGCCCCCCGCCGCCGCCGCCGCCGCCGCCGCCGCCCUCGCCUCGGCGCAGAAGGCGCCGCCGGCCGCGCCCGCCGCCGCCGCCGCCGCCGCUACCCCGCGGCGGGUGGUGGUGCAGGCGUCCACCAGCGAGCUGCUGCGCUGCCUGGGCGAGUUCCUGUGCCGGCGCUGCUACCGGCUGAAGCACCUCUCGCCCACCGACCCCGUCCUCUGGCUGCGCUCCGUGGACCGCUCGCUGCUGCUGCAGGGCUGGCAGGACCAGGGCUUCAUCACGCCGGCCAACGUGGUCUUCCUCUACAUGCUCUGCCGGGACGUCAUCUCGGCCGAGGUGGCCAGCGACCACGAACUGCAGGCAGUGCUGCUCACCUGCCUGUACCUCUCCUACUCCUACAUGGGCAACGAGAUCUCCUACCCGCUCAAGCCCUUCCUGGUGGAGAGCUGUAAGGAGGCCUUCUGGGACCGCUGCCUCUCCAUCAUCGACCUCAUGAGCCCCAAGAUGCUGCAGGUCAACGCCGACCCGCACUACUUCACCCAGGUCUUCGCCGACCUCAAGAAGGAGAGCGGCGCCGAGGAGAAGGGUCGGCUGCUCAUCGGCCUCGACCGGUGAGCGCCCGCCGGCUCCCCCCCCCCACCCCGGGGAUGCUCCCGGCCCCGGCCCCGCUCCCCGCCCGGACACGCUGCGCUCGCCCCCGGCCCGGCUUGGAGCUGCUGCCGCUCCCCCGGGGCCCGGCCCUGGCGAGGGGGGGGGGACGGGGACGGGGACGGGGGGGUCGUCCACCGCCGGACCGGAGCGCAGACUCCCCCCCGCCGCCGCCGCCGCUUCCCCCGCCCCGGGCCGCUGCUUUCCAGCCGUCGCUCCCUCCCCAUCCUGCGGGCCCGGGGCUGCUGCGGCUCCGCCACCGGAUUGAGUUCAGCAAAUCGGGGAGGGGGAGGGGGGGGAACAACCAACCCCCCCGGACCCCCCCCCCACCCCACCACCCCCCCCGGACCCCCGCGGCUGGGGGAGCGGAGCGGAGCGGGGCUCCGCGGGCUGGCGGCGGGGCCGGCCCCGGUCACCGCAUCACCGGGACAAAGACGGGGCGGGGGGGGGGGGGGGGGAAGGAGGAAAACCGACAAAAAAAAAAACCAACAAAAAAAAAAAAAGGGAAAGAAAAAAAAUUAUUGCUCGAAAAGCUUCACCGGAGGCGGCUGCGCGGGGCCGAUCGUGACUUACCGGCGCCGGAGCAGCCGGUAACGGGACAGAGAGGCGGGCACGGCCCGGGGCCCCCCCGGCCCCCCCCUCCCCUUUAUUUAUUUUCUUUGAAGAGACUCGAAUUUCCCGAGCGGGUCUGGGUUAAGGGAAAUAACCGCUACUGUAUCAUGACAUCAAUGUGAAAUGUCUUGUUCCCAUCGUGCACUGAUCAUGAGUAUUGUGUAAAGGAUCUACUUGAGUGUGCAAGCAAGGAAAGAAUCUACAUGCUGCUAUAUGAAUACUUUUAGAACAAAAAAAAAAACCACAAAAAAAAAAAAACAAAAAACAAAACCUACUAACCUACGGGGGGGGAAAAAAGAAAAAAAACCCUUCUUUAUUCUUUCAUUGUUGCUUUUACAGUGGUAUUGCGCAUGCAAACAGGAGCAUUUUGUGUCUUCAAAAAAAAAAAAUAAUAAUCAAAAGAAAAACCUUAACGAGAGAUGGCUGUAAAAAUUACACCCAUGCACAAAGACCCGACACCACCCCGAUACCGCAGUCUUGAGCUGGUAUUCCCUUAUCAGGCCUGGGGACUGAUAAGUUUUUCUUGGGUUUUAUUUUUUUUUUUUUUCUCCGUGUGCACAGUUCUAGUUUAGUUCUGGUCCAUCGGGCGUUAAACUUGCAGACGAGAGGGAGAAAUAACGUGCCAUUUAUUUUUAUUUUUUAUUUUUCACUUGAAGCUCUUCAUCGCUGUACAUUGGACCCUGCUAAUGAUACAUGUGUACGUACGUUUUUUUAGUGCAAUCUCUUCUGUAGAUCUUUGUUGACCAAAUUGGUGGGUAUUGUUACCUAUUAAUUUAUAUUUGUCUCAUUUUGUAUGUAUGUGUAUAGUGUGUUUGUAAGUAUGUGUGGUUUAUAACCUGACCGACUGUGUCAUGGGGCUCAGUGUGCCUGUAAUUUAAUCCCCUCCCCUUAUUUUUAUUUAUUUUUGUACUGUGCUGAUUAAAUAAAAAUGCACUGACCAUCCAUUACACGGCA